CUUCAGCUCCACACGAUCGAUCUCUUUCAGGCACUUCCUCGUAUCCAUCGCCAUGUCUUCCAUCAACAAGGAGGGCUCCACGGAACCACCCGUCGAGCUCACAUCAACCGGUCGACCAAAGAGGAAACGCGUGCGCACUGUUACUGGCUGCAGGACCUGCCGCGCUCGUCGAGUUAAAUGCGAUGAACAGAGGCCGAAAUGUGGGAAUUGUCUGCGACAUCCGCUCAGGGUGUGCGAGUAUGAGUUUGGGGUGCCAGAGUCUGAGCGUACGCGUACAGCAAGUCCGCAGAGGCAGGGGACCGCAAACUUACACUCAGUCGCCAGUAGCUCACGAGUGACUUUGGAUCCCAAAACGGACGAGUCCUGUCCAGCGCCCGUGAUAACGCCUCAGUACGAAGAGUAUCUUAUGAGGAGUCAAGUAUCACGAGCUAUGGCAAGAGAGAUUUCAGAGCUACACUUACUGCAGCCGAUGCGUGAUACUGCUCUUCUCGCAGAAUCGCUCAUCACCAAACUCCCCUCUUCAGCGUUCAUAGACUUUUCGAGCCUCUUGCAGUUUCACACCUCCCUCGUCCGGCGGUGUUCUUCAGCCCUCGCCGAUGACCCACAAGCCCGCCUUUUGUGUGCAGCCACCGCCCUCCUCACCUCUUCUUCCUCCCCUUCAUAUACUACACCUCCAUCCUACUCCAACACCACCAGCUCCUACUCCGCCCCCUCGUCCCCAGCCGGGAGUCAUCGCCCCAACAUCUUCCCCUUCUACACCCAGCUUCUCAAAUCCAAAACCGACUCUACCAUCACCGGUAAGCUCGCCGGCGCGGGCUUCACUCUGCUGCUUUCUGAGGCGCUGGACCCUGCUAGGCCGGGGAUGUGGAGGGAGCAUGUAGGGGUGUUGGUGGGACGGUCGAAAGAGAGGGGUGGGCCGGGGAGGAGUCUUGGGCUAGGACAGAAUGGGGCGGGGUUUGGUAGAGGAGGGUAUGGGGAGAGGCUGGAUAAUCUACAGCCGCUGGCUUUCGCUUUCUAUGCGGAGAUGGCAGCUGUUGCUGAACUAUACGCUUGUUUGACGGACGGCACGACACCUUUCCUCCUCGGCCCUCACAGUUUUGAAACCGUCCCCUGGCUCAUCGCUUCUCGCUCGGCGCAAAUGAGGGCUUCCAAGGAUAUACCGGAUACGAUCGAAACAAUGUUUGGGACGCCGAGGAUCUUGAUGCUGGCUUUUGCACGGGCCAUCGGGCUUGUUGCGAAGGUUGGAGCAGCGGCUGGUGGGGCCGAGGGCGUUGAGGGAGAAGGGGAGAUGGGGGAGAUGGAGAGGGAGCAGUUGGAUUUUGAGGUACUAGCCUUCCGGAGCGAGUUGGAGCAUGUCUGGCCCGGUAGACUGGAAGGCAGGCGGGAUACGCGGAGGGUGUACUAUGGUGGGCGAAUAUGGCGACUCGCUAUUUUGAUACUUGUGAUGAGCAAGACCCAGCACGUGCCGCUCUUCUCGCCGGACCUGAUUGCACAAGUCAGUACAGUGUACGAGCUCUUGUCUGAGGCUGUUACAGAAAUCGGACAUCUGACAGGCUGGCUCUGGCCGCUCCUCAUCACCGCUUGUGCUUGUACAGACCCAGUCCAGAGACAGGGGUUUGUGGGGUUUUUGAGGCAUGCGAAAGGACCUAUUGGGGAUCGAGAUAAUUUGGAGGUCGCUCAUCGCGUAUGUCCUUCCCUGCCCCCUCCCUCCUCACUCCUAAACCCCGAGUGGAACAAGCGGAUGAUGAAAAGACUGAUGUUGGGGUAGAUGUUGACGUACGUCUGGUUUUAUCAUGAUAUAGGGCAAGAGAAUUGUCAUAUUAGGGAAGCUAUCCAGCAUGAUCCGACGCUGGAUGUGUUGUUGUUCUGACACUUGAUCAAGAAUAUCGGAGAUGGGUGGAUAGAUAGAUUGUAUAGUACCAUGCGAGCGAUGGAAUGACUGGGGACUGUUGGUCAAUCUCGCUGACUUGUCGAUUGGGAGGCUGAGAUCGUCGGGACAUACGGGAUGUCUGCCGGCAAGUGCCCUA